AGAGAACAUUCCCUCCCUCGUUAUUCUCGGUCGAACUGCCAGACUCUUCUGCGAAGAUGGCUGACGCGUGACCCUCGACCUCCGCGUUCUCAAUUUGUCAACCUAUUUUUUUCCGAUCGGGAGUGCAUCUAAAGAGAAUUCAAAAUUAAAUAUCGGUGAACUAAAAUUUUGUAAUAAUCGGCGUCAAAGACAGUGGGAAGGAGAGAGAGAGAGAGAGAGAAAGAAGGAAAAACAGGAUUGAGAUUUCACAGUGCACCGAUGUUGUACAUAUACGACGUGCCGUAGUUGAGAAAGAGCAAUUUAUGUUACGCGUCGAUGAGACAGUGAGCUUGGAGAAUGCGUUUCAGCGGGCAAGUAUUGUAAACAAAAACGAAGCGUAUUACCGCGAAUUGUAAACUUUUCGAACGAAUCGUACGCCCCCCUUGAAAAAGGAAUAAAACAACAGAGAGAAGAAAACAAACGGAGAGUCACAAUGAUUAUGUACACAGUGGCCGAUGACCACAUGGGGGAGAAUGAGAUAGCUCAGGUGAUUGCAUUCAUAUGCGGAGUAAUCGUCAUCAUAUUGAUGAUAAUGGGCCUAGCAUCGAGCGAGUGGUUAAUGGCUCUUGGAUGGAGACAAGGUCUCUUCACACACUGCAUAGAUCCCGAUGCACCGACACCUCUACCAUUCAACAUGCCAGGUCCAUCGGGAUGUCAUUACGCGAGAGAUGCCGGUUACAUCAAAGCAGCGGCAGCUCUGUGCGUCGUGUGCCUCUUGGCCGACAUCGCGGCAACACUUCUCACGGGUCUUGGACUUCGAUCGAAGGAUCACCGGAACAAACACAAAUGCUACAGAAUCGCAGUUUUCUGUAUGGGACUAGCGCUUGUGUCGCUCCUCAUCGCUCUCGUGAUAUAUCCCGUGUUCUUCGCCGCGGAACUCAAUCUCGGUAAUCGAACGGUGUGGGAGUUUGGCUGGGCGUACGGAGUAGGUUGGGGCGCCGCGAUAUUCUUAUUCGGAGGAGCGGUUUUAUUGCUCUGCGACAAGGAGAGCGAGGAGAUUUAUUACAAAGAGAGAAAAAUAGUCCGCGAGGAGAUCGGAGGUGGCGGAGGUGGGGUUGGAAUGGGUGGUGGCGGCGGCGGUUCGAUGAUCGGCGUUGGACAUCAUACCGGAAGACGCGGUAUUCAGCACGCCUAGUGGCAUUGUACCCUGCCCGACGUUGUUCUCUAGGUCAAACAUUGAAUUUCUCUGUCUUUUUAGUUCUUUCGUUUCUUUUAUUUUAUCUUUUCUCUCAUUUAACCGAAUGGGGGGGCUCCGUUGUUUUCAUUCGACUUUUUUUGUUUUUUUAUUUUUUUUUUUCGCUCGAAGAGUCAAGAACGACGACGACGACGACGACGACGACGACGAUUUUAAUAUUGCGAGAUCAUUCGAAACGGGUCCCAUCAUCGUAGUCGAGAGAGUCGCUUCGAGCCGGCUCCGAUUCGCGGUGAUCGCGCGUGAAUUCCGGGACCACUUGUAUCAUUGACCGACUCGCAUCGCAUCCUCUCAUACUCGGCGCUUCGAAGUAUUAUUCCAAACGACCUCUUUCCUCUCGUCAUCUCACCCCUUCUCGUAGCUUCGACGACUCCUACGUUCUCCAUCCCGUUUUCGAUCACGAUACCGAUCGUUCUACCUCUUCUACGACAAGAGACUCAUCGCGAUUCUGCCAAAUAAAUUUAUUUCCAAAGCCUAGAUAAGGACGUCUGCGAGAACGAAAAAAAAAAAAAAAAGAAAGAAAAGAGAAAACAAAUAAUGACGCGGCAAGUAACUCGGCUAGCGGAAAAAGAAAAAUUAUUCAAGCGUAGCUUUUACUCUCUGGAAUAUAUAUGGAACAUGAUGAGAAAUGUAUUUUUUUAACUUAUCAAAAUCGACGAGCAAGCGACGUCUCUGACUGAACAUUUGGGAAAACGUUAUUUCCAAUUUACAUCACGCUCUCCUCUGUCAUUUUCUCAAUCUCAUCUUUUCCCAGCAUCCCUUUCCCCUUAUUCAUCUCGUAAUCAUCUUUCACAAAGAGACUGCUGUCUAUUUAACAAUAAUUUAUUCAUUGUAAACCGACGCACCGAUGAACCGCAACUCCGUUCGAGUUACGUAUUUAUCUCAAGUGCGACUCGAAUCAUUGUUUUUUAUAUACAUUUACUUAUAUAUAUAUAUAUAUAUAAAUAUGAUAUACUUUUUGUACGUGCCCGCGUGUUCGAUCGGAAUGAAAAUUUCCGCGAGUUCGAUCAAGUUGUUUAUUCUUUUGCGGUGGUGUUAUCAUCACGUUUGAUCGAGCUUUGUCAUUGUUUCAUCAACGCAAUCUUCCUCCAACGACACGGAAUUUUGAUAUACGCAUUUUUCUGUACGUUAAUUAUGUGUUUUUUUUUUUUUUCAUUUUUUUUCAAUUUUUUUCUCCUUUUCAAUUGUUUUGUACGAGUGACAAGAAAUAAUGUUAGGGGCAGCUCGGGCAGGUAUAACUGAUCCAUUGCGCUAUACGCAUAUUACAUACGCGUAUGUAUAUAAAACAAAAUAGAGAGAAUUUUCCAAAGUAUUUGGUAUAGAAGAGACAUCGAAAGAAUUGAUGAACGAAGGAAGGUCUUGAUAAAGCAGGAUUUACAGGAAGAAUGAGAAAAGAGAUACCCGAGUCGCGAACCGCGUUUAUACAAAGAAGAGAGAGAGAGAGAGAGAAAUAAAGAGAAAAAAAGAACGUAGAUUUAUGAUAUGAAAUAGUUAUGCUUUCCGCAGACUAAGCUAGUGAUUAAAAGGAGUAGAGUUCAUACUUCGUGCACAACUUGCAAGGAAGAAACUUGAUCGAUCGAUCCUAUCGUUGUACUUGGUAAUUUUGAAUUAAAUUAACAAAUUUUGUAUGUCGUUGGAUUACGCGGUGAAGCGACACGCAAUAAUGCUUUGCAAAGGAAUCGUUGAUGGCGCGUUGAUAAGAUGCUGAGGUGUUGUAAAUAGGAUUUCAUAUUCGCUCUCUUUCGUUGACACAGAUUUUUCAUUGAAACUCGCUUUGAUAACGAAGCGUUUGGAAUUUCACGAAAAAUGAGUGGAACAUCCGUUUGGGAGGUGUACAUAAGCGAAUGCAUUUCUGCCUGUCUCUCUAUCUCCCUUUCUGAAAUUGUAUUUCAUAAAUUUCUAUUUUCAACUCUUUGCAUCUUAUAUUAUUCGGUGGCAAUAGAAAAAAGUGAGAAGCAAGGGGUCGCCAAGACCCUUGGUCUCACCUUCGGUAUUGCUGGAGAGGGAAAAGUGAGCGAAGGGAGAAUGAUUGAUAAAAUGUAGAGAGGCGGCGUAUGGAAAGAAAUAAAACAAUGUGGAAGGAGAUUAAUGGACCGCCUGCGUGAGCUGCAUAUCGAGACGAGCCAAGAUACUCUCUGUAUAGGCAGUGUUAAAAUACAAUUUCUCAACAUUUUCAUAUCUGAUAGGUGUAUUAAAACGAAAAGAGAAUAUAAAACAAAAGAAAAAAAACAGAAACAUAUCAUUGAAGACACACAAACGUUUAUCGUGUACGAAGAUAUGAAUUGAGAAAAUAAAAACAAAACCAAUGUAUCUCAAUGACUAAAAUGUCAGGAUACAAAAGAAUGAAAAAGUGUAGGAUAGUACGGGUCGACGUGUAUCACGGUAGAAAUGUUUGUACUAUAUCGUUCAUCGAUGUGAAAAAUAUCACAGUAUUGUACAAAAAUAAAAAGAGAAAAACCAUAAUAAAGUAUAUAUAUACACCGAAA